AUGUGGCCUCUUGCCCAUGUGCACGCUUCUUUGGACGUCCACCGUUCGGCCACUUUAGCCAUGUUACCCCGUGCACCAACCACAAUGCCGGAGUCGCGUGACAGCACUCUCUCUUGGGCGACCAGACUCUGGGAGAGCUGUCCAAGUCCCGCUAGCGAAAUCUCCGUGUUCAAGCGUCCGUUUGAUCGCGUGAGACAAUGUCGAAUUGCGACUAGCGUCUCCGACGGGUGUCGAUCAGAAAAGGAAAUUUUCCUCUGGGAGUUCGCUGUGGCGGAUGGGGCUAGUGUCGAGACUCCUAGACUUUCCAAAGAGGAAGAGGAUAUCUGCCUCGACGUCGAGAAUACCACGCCUUGCAGCCAUGGGAUCCAGCAAGGCAGACAAGACCGAUCACAAUUCCAACUAGAGGAUGGCGGGUCCACAUGA